UCAGAUGUUCUCAGCAUGGAGAGAAAGUCCAGUUCUUCUGUAAAACCGAUAAUGAGGUCAUUUGUUCAAAGUGCAGGAAAGAAAGACACACAUCACACAGAGUUCAGCUGCUCACAAAUGCUGUACGACAACACAAGGUGAGACAGACAGACAGACAGACAGACAUGAAGAGAGACAGACUUCCUUCUCUAUCUCAGUAUUUACACAACCACAGCCACAGUAUUUCAUUUUUCUGGGAUAUGAUCUUACCUUUUCCAGCCUUUCAGCUUUUUUAAAAGUAAAAUGUUAGCUUUCUUUACUGAUCCUUGCCUGCUCCACCGAUUUAUCACAUAUUUUCUGAAAUGUCUGUAAUGUCUCUAAUUAACUUGUUCUGAGAAAGGAAAACUCCACCCUGAUGCACAUCACAUCUGUUUAUACUGAAGUAUUUAUAGUGUGAUCAGUGAUUCUGCUGCUAUUGUGUAGUUUGUAUUGUUGUAUUAUUGUUUUUUCAGUUCAGUUUGUUUGCAGCUCUUAUGGUUAUUGGUGGCGUUACUGGUUUCACUGGUGUUCAAUGUCCUGAUAAUGAGCAAUCCAGAGUAAUACUAGUGGAGACUUUGAAACAAAUGCUGGACUCAAUGUCCCUGAGUACAAUGCAGCUACAACCAGGUCCAUAAGUAGUGGCACAGUUUUGUUAAUUUUUCCUAUAAAAUGAAGCAAUCAAGAAGUGACUGAAGUGUUGACUUUCUGCUUUAAUUUAAAAGCUUUAACAGAACAUUAACACGGUUCUAUUUUCACUGGUAACAACGCCAUUGGAAAUCAUUUGGAUUAUUACAAUGGUUUGUAUGCAAAUCCUUUAGUCAACAAAACCUGUGGACAUAACCGCAUGCUGAGUUUCUGCUCCUGAGAUACUUUGCCAUGAUGAUAAAUUCUGCAGUCUUUGCUUGUUUGUGUGUCUUUCAGUCUUCAGUUUUGUCUUCAGUAAGUGAAAAGCGAGCUCAGGUUGACAUCAUGGUCAUUUAUGGCCAUUCUAUUUCUCUGCUUUGAGAAGCACCUGGGUCGCUGUUAUGGUAGGUUUUGGGUCUCGGUUUGCAGCAUUUGAGUGAAUCUGAGUAGAAAGUCCAGGUUUUACUCAUCAGACAUAAUCCUGCUGCUUCUUUCAGUAGUCACUUCAGCAAUACACACCAGUGACCAAGUUCCACUGGAUGCUGCACAUGUCCAUGCUGUAGCACUGCCUCCACUACGGAGAUGUACAGAACGCUUUGAUCAUAAACCCUUCUUCUUGCUCCAUACUCCAUCAUUCUGCUACAAGUAAUUCUUAGUUUUAUUUGUCUAAAGAAUCCAGAACUGUGGCUUGUUUUAGAAGGGCAUUCACUAAAUUCCAUUAGUUUCGUUACCACGACGUAAAGUGGGCGUGGUUUCUGGAGGUCUCGGAAAAACGCCCUCUUUCAAAAAAAAGAGCAAACCUACGAUGGAUAAUGAAGGACAAAUCAGUCAUACAGAUCAAGAUUUAAAGCAACAGAAAAGUGACGUGACAUACAGCUAAGUACGGUGACCCAUACUCAGAAUUUGUUUUCUGCAUUUAACCCAUUCAAAGUGCACACACACAGCAGUGAACACACACACAGUGAACACACACCCGGAGCAGUGGGCAGCCAUUUAUGCUGCGGUGCCCGUGGAGCAGUUGGGGGGUUUUCGGUGACUUGCUCAAGGGCACCUCAGUCGUGGUAUUGCUGGCCCGAGACUCGAACCCACAACCUUAGGGUUAGGACCAGGGUUAGGCUGCUGGACCAGACAACAUUCCGGGCAGGGUGCUCAGAGAAUGUGCAGAACAGCUAGCGGAUGUCUUUACGGACAUCUUCAACAUUUCCCUGAGCAGCGCCAUUGUUCCUACGUGCCUCAAAUCUACCACCAUCGUUCCUGUCCCAAAGAAGUCUACAGUGUCCUGCCUCAAUGACUAUCAUCCCAUUGCACUCACACCCAUAGUUAUGAAGUGCUUCGAGAAGCUCGUCAUGAGGCACAUCAAGACCCAGCUACCACCCUCAUUGGACCCCCUACAGUUUGCGUAUCAUCCAAACCGCUCCACAGACGAUGCCAUUGCCACAGCCCUCCACUUAGCCCUCACCCACCUGGACAAUAAAGACACUUAUGUACGAAUGCUGUUCAUAGACUUUAAUUCAGCAUUCAAUACAAUCAUCCCUCAGCACCUGACUGAGAAGCUGAGCCUGCUGGGACUAAACACUUCCCUCUGCAACUGGAUCCUGGACUUCCUGACUGGGAGACCUCAGUCAGUCCGGAUCGGGAACAGUAUCUCCAGCACCACCACACUGAACACUGGAGCCCCUCACUGCUGCAUUCUCAGCCCACUGCUGUUCACCUUGCUGACUCACGACUGUGCAGCAAUGCACAGAUCGAAUCAUAUUAUCAAGUUCGCCGAUGACACGACUGUGGUGGGUCUCAUCAGCAAGAACAACGAGACAGCAUACAGGGAGGAGGUGCAACAACUAACUGCCUGGUGUAGAACCAACAACCUGUCUCUGAAUGUGGAUAAAACUAAAGAGAUGGUUGUUGACUUCAGGAGAGCACAGAGUGACGACUCUCCGCUGAACAUCGACGGAUCAUCUGUAGAGAUCGUAAAGAGCACCAAAUUUCUUGGUGUUCAUCUAGCGGAGAACCUCACCUGGUCACUCAACACCAGCGCCAUCACCAAGAAAGCCCAGCAGCGUCUCUACUUCCUACGAAGGCUGAGAAAGGCACAUUUCCCUCCCCCCAUCCUGACCAUGUUCUACAGAGGGACCAUUGAGAUCAUCCUGAGCAGCUGCAUCACUGUCUGGUUCGGGAACUGUAUGAUCUCGGAUCGCAAAUCCCUGCAGCGGAUAGUGAGGACAGCUGAGAAGAUCAUUGGGGUCUCUCUUCCCUCUAUCACAGACACUUACACCACACGUUGCAUCCGCAAAGCCAACAGCAUUGUGGACCUCACACACACCCCUUACACACACUCUUCACCCUCCUGCCAUCUGGAAAGAGGUACCGAAGCAUUCGGGCCCUCACGACCAGACUGUGUAACAGUUUCUUCCCACAAGCCAUCAGACUUCUCAAUAACUGAACUGUACUGUACUGAGCACAACAUACACACACAUCAUCUGUAUGGACUGCACAGACCCUCACAAACACACACACUGACACAUCAAACUGUUUACAUGCUGUUUUGCACACUUUUUUCUGCUGUUUUUGCACAAACUGUCCCAACAUUUCAGCUGUUUUUGUAUAAUAUAUUAUAACAUAUUGUACAAUAUCGCUGCCAUUUCACACAUACUAUACAAUAUUUCAGAUAUUUGCUGUUUUUUGCACAAUAUAUAUUGUUCCAAGGACCUGCUGCUAAGAAACUGUGUUCAUUCUAAUGUUACUGCACGAAAUAUUGUUUGAACAUUCAGUAUUCACAUACAGUAUAUACACUGGUCGGUCGGCGCUGUUUCUGUUACUGUUUACUGUUUAUUGUCUUUUGUGUAUUGCAUUUUUUGUACUUUUUGUAUUGUCUUGUAACUUUGUGUCUGCACUGUCUUUUGUCCUGCACUGUCUUUUGUCCUGCACUGUCUUGUCCUGCACUGUUUGCACCAGGUAGCACAGUUGCACUUUAUGUGGCUAAGACUACUUACUGUACAAGUCUUUAGCCCUGUCUUUGUUUUAUGUAGCACCCUGAUCCUGGAGAAAUGUUGUCUCAUGUCACUGUGUACUGCAACAGCUAUAUAUGGUUGAAAUGACAAUAAAAGCUUCUUGACUUGACUUGAGGAGUCAAACUCUCCAACCAUUAGGCCACGACUUCCCCAAAUGAUGAAAAUGAUGUAAUGUUUCAUCGUUUUACCUGCUGGUGUUUUCAUGUCCCUGAUUUCA